AUGUCCGAGCGUGUCACCAAACAAGACCUGCGCCGCGGCCGGUUCAAGAAGGCCAUCGACAGGGAUGAGGCCCGCCGCCAGCGGGAGGACACCAUGGUCGGCAUCCGUAAGGCCAAGCGGGAGGAGAACCUCAUGAAGAAGCGUCGCGAGAAGAUGGGCGCUUCUUCGUUCGGCACCCCCAACGAUAUCGACAUCUCGGCCACCGACUCCAACAACUCGCUCGCGGCCACGCUGUACGCUCGCAUGCCGCAAAUGGUCGCCGGCGUCCUCUCGGACAACCCCCAGGAUCAGGUCCAGCACACCCUGGAGUUCCGCAGGCUCCUCUCCAUUGAGAGGAACCCCCCCAUCGAGGAGGUUAUUGCUCAGAACGUCGUCCCUCGCUUCGUCGAGUUUCUCAGCGAUGAUUCCAACCCGCAGCUCCAGUUCGAGGCCGCAUGGUCGCUUACGAACAUUGCCUCGGGCACCUCGUCGCACACCAGGGUCGUUAUAGACAAUGGUGCCGUCCCCGUCUUUGUCUACCUCCUCAACUCUCCGAAUGAUGAUGUCAGGGAGCAGGCCGUCUGGGCUUUGGGCAACAUCGCCGGCGACUCAUCCAAGUGCCGUGAUCUCGUUCUCGACUCGGGCGCCCUCCACCCGCUGCUCAUGCAGCUCACCGCCGACUCCAAGGUCACCAUGCUUCGCAACGCCUCCUGGACUCUGUCCAACCUCUGCCGCGGCAAGCCCGCCCCCAAAUUUGAGCUCGUCAAGCCCGCCCUUGAGACCCUUGCUCAUCUCAUAUAUUAUGAUGAUGAGGAAGUUCUCACCGAUGCCUGCUGGGCCCUGUCGUAUCUCUCGGAUGGCAGCAAUGACAAGAUCAAGGCAGUCGUUGAGAGUGGAGUCGUCAAGCGACUUGUCGAGCUCCUCCUGCACCAGAAUGUCUCCGUGCAGACCCCAUCUCUGCGUACAGUCGGCAACAUUGUCACCGGUAAUGAUGUACAGACCCAGUUUGUCAUUAAUGUGUCGGCCCUGCCCUGUCUCCUCAACUUGCUCAACUCACCCAAGAAGUCAAUCAGGAAGGAGGCUUGCUGGACAAUUUCUAAUAUCACUGCUGGAAAUCAGGAGCAGAUCAAUGCUGUCUUGGAAGCAAACCUGGUGCCCCCUCUCAUUGAUAUCCUGACCAACGCUGACUUUGACGUCAAGAAGGAGGCCGCAUGGGCCAUUUCCAAUGCUACGUCAGGUGGUACUCCGGAUCAGGUCAAAUAUCUCGUUCAGCAGGGUUGCCUUGAGCCGUUGUGCAAUUUGCUGGUUAUCCAUGAUGCCAGAAUCAUCAGUGUCGCUCUGGAAGGUCUUGAGAAUAUCCUGCGUAAGGGACAAAGGGAACGGGAUACCACUGGUGCCGAGUACAAUGAUUAUGCUCGCGCAAUUGAAGCGGUUGGCGGCCUCGACAAGAUUGAGGCUCUCCAGCAUCACUCGAAUGAAGAGGUGUAUGAAAAGGCUGUUCGCCUCUUGGAAGUUUUCUUUUUGGCUGAAGAUGAGAUUGAUGGUGUUGUUCCUGACCAGUCAGCCUCGCAGUUUGGGUUUGGAGUUGACCCAGCUCCCGACGGAGGCUUCAACUUUGGCGCACCGACUGCCGCCCCGGCACAAACUGGCGCCGGUUUUGAUGCCCAUCCAGCAGGUGUCUUUGGAGCUCAAGGAGGAAGCGGAUUUGGUGCCCCGACUGGAACCGGUUUUGGUGCUCAAACUGGCGGCUUUGGAGGAACGGAGCAACAGGGGUUUGGCCAAUAGGCCGCGUAUGAAGUUUGACGGUCUCGUGCAAUCUUCUUUUCCGUCUGUAGCCCUCCUUCUCUUUCUCUCUCUCUUUCCCCUCCCCCCGUACCCAUCUCCGACUCCAUCAGCCUGUCCAUUAUCCCGAUGAUUUGACGUUUCUCUAUUACUCGCUGCUGCGCAGUUGUCGAUGGGUAUCCAACUCGCACUCGACGACGCCUGCGUCAUCACGGUUUGCCGUAGCUCUAAAUGUCGGUAUACACUGCAACCAUCAGGUCCUCCAGGCUAUCUGCUUGAAAACCAAGCGUGUUGAUCUGGCUUGCAGGAGAAAACAUAGUAAGUAUGUCUGGAGGGGUGCGAUCAUUCCUUUAUACAACUAUCAGCAUCGAAUAGCGUCACCAGAAAAGAGGCAAGGCCCUGCGAAGCCAAAAGCUUGGUCUGGAGCUGUGUGACGUGGCCGAUUGUGUGAUACUAGUCCGUAUGGAAGCCUACGACAUGUUUCCAGCGGGUCACCGUGACACUUUGUUGUAUCGAGAAGACUCACAGCCGUCGGUGCGGGUUAUGAGUGCUUUUCUAAUCUGGCAAUCCCCAUUUCUUCAAACCCCUUUUGCAGGCAGGAGCGCUCGUUUCUCUCUUUCUCUCUUUCUCUCUUUCUCUCUUUCUCUCUCCUGCCCUUCGCUGAAUGUGCCAAGAAGGGUGCUGUGCUUCGCGCUUUUUGGGAUCAUGAUUUGUGGCAGGGGAGGAAACACAAUUGUUGAUUCUGUACGAGCCAGGCCCAAAGCUCGGCGCGACACGAAAUCCCUUGUUGCUCAAUUCCUGUGCUUUGGAAGCGACUGCAAAAGUUCUUGCUGCGCUCGCCUUAGACUUUCUUGCGUCCUAGUCUUUACUCAGUGUCCUUUAGCCGCGAUCCCCUUUUCCGAUCCCUAAAAGCCCUUAUCCCUA